AUGGGCCUGUUAAUUCCGAGAAAAGCGGCCCUUGGGAGCUAUGGCUGCCCUCUGCCUGAUCAAAUUGAAAAUACCGGUGGCGGACCGUUCGUGGGGAAUCUCUCCUUUUACCAGUUCAACAUGAUUAUAUCCGGUGCCUGCACUGUGGUUGUAUUGUUUAUGACCUUCGGUCUCAUGGGACGCCAUGCGAUGCGCAUGAGUAACCCUCAAGAACAGAUCAAGAUAAUGAGAAUCGUCAACAUGAUCCCCUCCUACCAAGUCCUGUCCUUCGUCUCGAUCUGUCUUCCAAAGUCCUACAUCUAUCUACAAGGCUUCACCGAGGUGUUCCAGGGUAUUGCGCUAUAUGCCUUUCUAAUGCUGUUGUGCGACUUUCUAGCACCUACGGAGCAGGGGAAGGUGGAAUUCUUCUCGUCGCUCGAGACGAAGAGACAGUGGCAGCCAAAGAAGAAGAGAAGUGGCCUUGCGUUUUUGAAGUUGACAUGGUGGUCUGUCGUUCAAUAUCCAAUCAUCACCUGGAUUGCAGCCGUCACACAGGUGGUGACACAGUUGAUGCACAGGUAUUGCCUUGGAAGCAACGAACCGCACUUUUCUCAUGUUUGGAUCACAGCCGCCACAUCCCUCUCCACAUCCGUCGCCGUCAACGCCAUCAUCCAAUUCUACAUGAACACAAAGAAAUACAUGAAAGAGCACCACCCGCUCACCAAGCUGCUCGCAUUCAAACUGAUUGUCGGAGUGGUCAUAUUGGAAAAGAUCAUCUUCCUGGUCCUGGAGGGCAUUGACGUGCUCCACGAGAAUGAAACACUGACCUACGUCGACGUCAUGAUGGGCCUUCCGGAGAUGCUCAUCUGCGUGCAGAUGGUCCCGUUAUGCUUCUUGGUUCUCUACGCCUACCGCACAAAGCCGUACGAGAUUUCUAACGCCCCUCGCACCGUAACCCUGCGGCCUCAGGAGUACCAGGCUAUCAAGGAGGAUGGCGACGAGGAGACUUUGAUGAGUGGACUGCAGAAACGGUACCAGGGGGGCUGGGUGGGGCUGAAUGCCUGGGCUGCUUAUUUGAGUCCCUUGGGCUUGUUCAUGGAUGUUAUCUCUGCGUAUAGAAUGAUUUCUAAGGCUCAGGCUGUGCAAUAG